GCGCGAGGGGGCGGAGCGAGGGGCGGGGCGCAGAGCAGCCGCCCGCGCGAGCGGUCGGGCGGGGAUCGGGCGGCGCCGAGCUGAGGUGGCGAGGGACUAGCUCCCGGAUGUGGAGAAGCUGGGGAGAAGGCGUGGGAGGAAGAUGGACUCGGUGGAGAAGGGGGCCGCCACCUCCGUCUCCAACCCGCGGGGGCGGCCGUCCCGGGGCCGGCCCCCCAAGCUGCAGCGCAACUCCCGCGGCGGCCAGGGCCGAGGUGUGGAGAAGCCCCCGCACCUGGCGGCCCUGAUUCUGGCCCGGGGCGGCAGCAAAGGCAUCCCCCUGAAGAACAUUAAGCACCUGGCGGGGGUCCCGCUCAUUGGCUGGGUCCUGCGUGCGGCCCUGGACUCGGGGGUCUUCCAGAGUGUGUGGGUUUCAACAGACCACGAUGAAAUUGAGAAUGUGGCCAAACAAUUUGGUGCACAGGUUCAUCGAAGAAGUUCUGAAGUUUCAAAAGACAGCUCUACCUCACUAGAUGCCAUCAUAGAAUUUCUUAAUUAUCACAAUGAGGUUGACAUUGUAGGAAAUAUUCAAGCUACUUCUCCAUGUUUACAUCCUACUGACCUUCAAAAAGUUGCAGAAAUGAUUCGAGAAGAAGGAUAUGAUUCUGUUUUCUCUGUUGUGAGACGCCAUCAGUUCCGAUGGAGUGAAAUUCAGAAAGGAGACUUGUCUGAUAAACUCCAUAAAAAUCAUAUGGGAAUAGAAAGCAUCCACCAAAGAGUUAUGGAAGACCUCACGAAGAAAUUUCAGAAUUGCUUCCCCAAAUUUGGUGGAAAAAUGGCAUACUACGAAAUGCGAGCUGAACAUAGUGUGGAUAUAGAUGUGGAUAUUGAUUGGCCUAUUGCAGAGCAAAGAGUGUUAAGAUAUGGCUAUUUUGGCAAAGAGAAGCUUAAGGAGAUAAAACUUUUGGUUUGCAAUAUUGAUGGAUGUCUCACCAAUGGCCACAUUUAUGUAUCAGGAGACCAAAAAGAAAUUAUAUCUUAUGAUGUAAAAGAUGCUAUUGGGAUAAGUUUAUUAAAGAAAAGUGGUAUUGAGAUAGGAAAUGAAGUGUCUGAUGAAGAGUGCUUGAAGAGAGUGGGCCUAAGUGGCUCUCCUGCCGAUGCCUGUUCCACUGCCCAGAAGGCUGUUGGAUACAUUUGCAAAUGCUAUGGUGGCCGUGGUGCCAUCCGGGAGUUUGCAGAGCACAUUUUCCUACUAAUGGAAAAGGUUAAUAAUUCAUGCCAAAAAUAGAAAUUGGAAAAGAAAGGAUACAGCCUUCUUCAGCCAGUUUGCUUUUAUUUUUGAUUAGGUAAAAUUCCACGUUGUAAUGUUACAGAGGGUGUGAUUUGGUUUGUGAUAUAGCUUAAUAUCUUUUCAAAGCAAAUCUUCUCAAAUUAUCAUUCCAAAACCUAUGAAAUAAUUGUGCUCUACUUUUCUCUUUAUGCAAGAUAAUUAUUUAGAGAUUAAUUAUAGUCUUUCUCAGAUUUUUAGUAAAUGCAAGUAAGAACAUCAUCAAAAUUGACUUUGUAUUGUACCCUGUAAAACUGUGUGUUUGUGUGCUUUCGAUGAUGCUGGGAUUUUAUUUAUUUGGGGACAGUGUGUCUGGUAAG